AUGUCAAACCAUCCGAAGAUCACAUGUGUAUCUUCGGCUCAUCAGAAUCUUGUGGAGAAGCUAAGGGAACUUCAAGAGAGAUUCUGUCAUCUUCAGGCUGCUAUGAAGGAAGGGAGGCUUAGUGAUCUUGCACUUUUGGAAGCACAAAUCUCUCAGGAUCUCCGUGAAUGGCAAGCUGAGCUCACUGCUCCUUCUCCAGAAUCUUCUCUUCUGGGUGGAAGUAUUAACUAUUACUCUGAGGAGAUAGCUCGUAUGUUGAACUUAAACAGUGAGGAGGAUGAUGCAACUAGUGCGUUAAAGGAACACGCUGAACCAAAACCCGAGGAUUUCGCUCAACGCUUGUGUCAUCCAGAAUGGACAGCUGAGUCUUUUAGUCAAAGUCCUUUGAACGUACAUUUCUCCAAUGAGAAUGCUGUUAAUAACAAUGAAUCACAAGGCCAGCAACUCCAUUUUGAGUUUGAUCCAAGCAUCCAUACCGGUCCUGAUUUCCAUGACCAUGAACUCAGCAGCUUCGAUAUAACUCAGUUGGAUUACUAUCUAUCAGAGACACGUCAGGAGCUCGACAACAGCCAGUCCGUUAAGCUUGAUGUUUCUGACGGGAUUGAAAAUUACGUUGAAUUUACUACUCCAUCAAGUGCCCGUGUACCUCCUUCUGCUGUUUUGGGACCAAAGUGUGCACUAUGGGAUUGCCAAAGGCCUGCUCAUGGAAAAUUCUGGUACAUGGACUACUGCGGUGACUCCCAUGGGAAUCUAGCUCUUAAUGAAGAUUCACUCAGCACAGCACCUGUCUUAAUACCGGGGGGCAUCGGUUUGAAAGAUAAUGUAUUGAUUGAUGCUCUUCGUGCAAAGACUCUGGGUAAGAAUGUUGGCAUCCCAGUGUGUGAAGGAGCUGUUAAUACAAAAUGUCCAUGGAACGCAGCAGAGCUAUUUCAUCUUGAACUGGUUGAGGGCGAAACGAUUAGGGAAUGGCUCUUCUUCGACAAACCUAGAAGAGCAUAUGAUAGCGGAAACCGAAAGCAAAGAUCACUUCCAGAUUACAACGGGCGAGGCUGGCAUGAAUCAAGAAAACAACUGAUGAAAGAACAAGAAGGCCAGAAGAGAUCUUACUACAUGGAUCCACAACCUUCUACCCUCUACGAGUGGCAUCUAUUUGAAUACCAAAUCAAUGAAUCUGACGGAUGUGCAUUAUAUCGACUUGAACUCAAAUUGACAAAUGGAAAGAAGAGUCCUAAGGGAAAGGUUGCAAAAGACCCUCUAGCUGAUUUGCAGAAGAAGAUGGAGAAGAUGGGACAGUUAACACCUGAAGUGGCUUCAGACAAACCCUCUCCACCCACCAAAGGUCGUACAAAAGCUACGAAAGGAGCUAAGUUAGCAAGUGGCAGUCUGACUCGAGACACGACGGCCCCUGCAACAAUUGCUCCAACUUAUGUCUCAAACAAUCAUACAAACGAGUCAUUAUCACAUCAGUGA